CCACCACCCCCCUCCUCCUCACCUCUCAUUUAUAAAUAAAAAAAGGCUUUCUCCCCUCCACACACAAACUCUUCCACCUCCGUUGACAUCAAAUCCCCCUAUUCUCUCCACCACACUCCUCCGGCGACGAUGCAAGGCCAACAUCAAACCGACAGCCUCUCCUUCGACGUAGCCGAACCGACCGAGACCCGAAUCCAGCGCCUGAUUUCGGAGCACCCGGUCAUAAUAUUCGCUCGACCCGCGUGCUGCAUGUGCCACGUCAUGAGGAAUCUUCUCGCCUCUAUUGGGGUCCACCCAACCGUUAUUGAACUCGACGACCAUGAGAUCGCUGCGCUCCCUAGACCUGCCGAUGGCGAGGAUGGUCCCUCCGCCCCCGCCGUCUUCAUUGGUGGGACCUGCAUCGGCGGCCUUGAUUCUCUCUUCGCACUCCAUCUUAGUGGCCACCUCGUCCCCAAACUUGUUGAAGUUGGUGCUUUUAAUGGGUAUGAAAGAAUUUGCUCUAAUUAAUUAAUAUUCAAUUAGAAGAACAAUUAAAAAUCAAAAUGAAGGCAGCUAGUAUUAUUAAGAUUUGAUUUUUUUUAAGUUCUAGAUGAUUUGGGUUUGUUGUUUUUAUUUCUUGUAAGCAUAAAAAUUUAGGCAAGAAAUUAAAUCGGUGUAGCAGAAGAAGAAAAAUCUGCAUAGUACGUAAGUGUGCAUAUAAUAUAUUAAUCUUAA